UCGACUAUGUGCUGCCGCCCAUCCUGCAGUGUCAGGCCGGGCACCUGGUCUGCAAUCAAUGCCGGCAGAAGCUGAGCCUCUGCCCCACUUGCCGGGGCUCUCUUACCCCAAGCAUCCGGAACCUGGCCAUGGAGAAGGUGGCCUCGGCCGUGCUCUUCCCCUGCAAGUAUGCCACAACAGGCUGCUCUCUGACACUCCAUCACACAGAAAAGCCAGAACACGAGGACAUCUGUGAGUAUCGUCCCUACUCCUGCCCAUGCCCUGGUGCCUCCUGUAAAUGGCAGGGAUCCUUGGAAGCCGUGAUGUCCCACCUCAUGCAUGCCCACAAAAGCAUUACCACCCUUCAGGGAGAAGACAUUGUUUUUCUUGCCACAGACAUUAACCUUCCAGGGGCAGUUGACUGGGUGAUGAUGCAGUCAUGCUUUGGUCACCACUUCAUGCUGGUGCUGGAGAAACAAGAGAAGUAUGAAGGUCACCAGCAAUUCUUUGCUAUCGUGCUGCUCAUUGGCACCCGUAAGCAAGCGGAGAACUUUGCCUACAGACUGGAGCUGAAUGGCAACCGCCGCCGGCUGACAUGGGAAGCAACGCCCCGCUCCAUCCACGACGGGGUGUCUGCAGCCAUUCUGAACAGUGACUGCCUAGUUUUUGAUACAGCUAUAGCACACCUUUUUGCUGACAAUGGGAACCUUGGCAUUAACGUGACUAUUUCUACAUGUUGUCCGUGAUGUGUUUG